GUGACGCAGGGGCGGAGGCAGCGGCUCCGGCUGUGACCUGAACCGGAUUCGAUUCUCCUCGUCGUCGGCAGUGCCCUCGAUCGCUUUCCCUCCAGCCCUUAAGCCCUUGCCAACGCCGCCAUGGCUCUCAGCGAUGCCGACGUGCAAAAGCAGAUCAAGCAUAUGAUGGCUUUCAUUGAGCAGGAAGCCAAUGAAAAGGCUGAAGAAAUAGAUGCAAAGGCAGAAGAAGAAUUCAAUAUCGAGAAGGGUCGCCUUGUUCAGACACAGAGGCUGAAGAUCAUGGAGUACUAUGAAAAGAAGGAGAAACAAAUUGAACAGCAAAAGAAGAUUCAGAUGUCCAACCUCAUGAAUCAAGCAAGACUGAAGGUCCUCAAGUCAAGGGAUGACCUUAUUGCAGAUCUGCUGAAUGAGGCCAAGCAGAGACUUGCCAAGGUGGUGAAGGAUGCUGCCAGGUACCAGACGUUGCUGGAUGGACUGGUUCUACAGGGGUUCUACCAGCUGCUUGAGCCCAGGAUAGUUGUUCGGUGCCGGAAACAGGAUCUCCCUAUGGUUAAGACUGCUGUGCAGAAGAGCAUUCCCAUCUACAAAAACGCCACAAAAAGGGAUGUGGAUGUUCACAUUGACCAAGACAACUUCCUGCCAGAGGAAAUUGCUGGAGGUGUUGAAAUCUAUAACAGUGAUGGUAAAAUUAAGGUUUCAAAUACCCUGGAAAGUCGGCUGGACCUGGUAGCCCAGCAGAUGAUGCCAGAAAUCAGAGUGGCUCUCUUUGGUGCUAACGCCAACAGGAAGUUUUUGGACUAAAGCUCCCUGAGAGAAGGUGGGGUCUGUUCCACUGCCAUACCCACAGGGAUGCAAAAGCACCUGCUAGCUUCAAAUCUUGAGAUCUAACAUACUUUCUCUCUGUUCUUCAAUGGAAUCAUUUUGCAUACCUGUUGUGCUUAAUCUCUCCACUUGUGGCUAGGAAGUGUUGCUCCGAGGAUAUGAAGACCUGAAUAUUCACCCAGCAGUGACAUCAGAAAAGGGAGCUGGGGAGGGGGGGGCUCUUGGCUUUCUUUGCAAUGCUGUAGCUCUACAAAGACAAGUGGGUUCUAGGCUUGCUCUCUUUGCUUUGGCCACGUCUCUUUCAAGCUGUUUAAUCUGUGGAGUAAAUUGCUAUGCUGCCCAUGGGAAAUCCCUUCUCAGUGGAGGUCUUCAGCGUUAGAGAGGGCAUGCAUUCCUUCCCAGGGUUAGUAGUUAAAUUCCUGUUGCUUGGUCAGGCAUUUUUCUGUUCUGUAUAUGUGAUUUGAAGGAGGGGGAAAAAAAAACCCCAAAGCCUGAGCCUGUAAAACAUUAUUUAUUAAAAUAAAAUGAUGUCUGUGUGAAA